AUGAGGGUGGCUGAUGGCGAGCAGAGACGACCAGUCGCACAGCUAGUGAUAUCUAUGGUUGGACCAGUCACACAGCUGGUAAUAUCUAUGGUUGGACCAGUCACACAGCCAGUAAUAUCUAUGGUUGGAACAGUCACACAGCUGGUCAUAUCUAUGGUUGGAACAGUCACACAGCUGGUAAUAUCUAUGGUUGGACCAGUCACACAGCUGGCUAUAUCUAUGGUUGGACCAGUCACACAGCUGGCUAUAUCUAUGGUUGGACCAGUCACGCAGCUGGUUUUAUCUAUGGUUGGACCAGUCACGCAACUGGCUAUAUCUAUGGUUGGACCAGUCACACAGCUGGCUAUAUCUAUGGUUGGACCAGUCACACAGCUGGCUAUAUCUAUGGUUGGACCAGUCACACAGCUGGCUAUAUCUAUGGUUGGACCAGUCACGCAGCUGGCUAUAUCUAUGGUUGGACCAGUCACACAGCUGGCUAUAUCUAUGGUUGGACCAGUCACACAGCUGGCUAUAUCUAUGGUUGGACCAGUCACACAGCUGGUUAUAUCUAUGGUUGGACCAGUCACACAGCUGGCUAUAUCUAUGGGUGGACCAGUCACGCAGCUGGCUAUAUCUAUGGUUGGACCAGUCACGCAGCUGGCUAUAUCUAUGGUUGGACCAGUCACACAGCUGGCUAUAUCUAUGGUUGGACCAGUCACGCAGCUGGCUAUAUCUAUGGUUGGACCAGUCACACAGCUGGCUAUAUCUAUGGUUGGACCAGUCACACAGCUGGCUAUAUCUAUGGUUGGACCAGUCACACAGCUGGUUAUAUCUAUGGUUGGACCAGUCACACAGCUGGCUAUAUCUAUGGUUGGACCAGUCACACAGCUGGCUAUAUCUAUGGUUGGACCAGUCACACAGCUGGCUAUAUCUAUGGUUGGACCAGUCACGCAGCUGGCUAUAUCUAUGGUUGGACCAGUCACACAGCUGGUAAUAUCAAAGUUAUUAAUCAGAAUAUGUAUUAGACUGUGUAAGAGAUUAGUCAGGUAUUUGAGGUUGCUGUAUAAGUGUUACAAAAUAUUGAUAAUAGCAACACCCUCUGUAUAUCCCAUCCCUGACGCGUUAUAUUUCUGCCAUUUGAAAUUGCCACCUUAUAAAAGAAGAUGCCAAAAUGUAUAUUCUCUUUAGAGAAGAGGGAAUGUCAAAUUUUGCCAGAUCCCGGCCCAUCCCAUCUUUCUACAGCCGCUCUUCACAGCUGCGCCAUCUGGACUUAAUUAA